UUGAAACGAGCGGGCAUUGUUGUGCACCUCCUCAGCAGGCGACGAAGACGCGACGGUUUGGGUUGAAUUAAUUUUUUGUGUAUUAAAGCCGCCAGACGAUCGAUCGGCAGGUUGUUGUGAAAGAAGAUAAUGUUUUAAAAAAAGCUUUUAAAGAAAAGAGUGUUGAGUGAAAAAAAAGAAAACAAAAAUGAAAAUAUUAUGGUCAACUCUAGUGGGGGCCUUAUUUUGUCAUCUAGCGCCAAUGGCAUGGACCCUUCUUCCGCAACGCCAAUUUAAACCCUUCAGGCAUGAGGCAAGUGCUGUAGAGGAUGACAGCAUAGAGCUCACCCAAACAACGACCCUCAGAAGCCCCAGUGUGACCAGUCCUACUCUAGAAUAUUAUCUCUCCUGCGAACAGGAGCAAUACAUCCAUGAGUUCAUCAAUGAGUCGAAUCAAUCGCAAAUGCUAUGGGUCACCUGGAAUCGUACUAAGGCUGGCGAAAAUGCCGUCUUGCCCAAUAUGUGUUCUGCGGCCAAUGGCUUGCCUUUGCGUAGACGUUGCUAUGUGGUUGCUAUGCAACAGCGAGCGCAAUGGGAACCUCACGAUAACAAUACCGUUAUGAUUCAAUGUCACCGCAGUAUGUUUUGUGAAGAGGAGAAAUUUGAACAUUUCUAUAUUGAGGGCGAGGAUCAUUUGCAGCCCCAUGUCAAUGUAUGGAAGCGUACGAGAAUCAAUCAAAAGGCCACACUGAAAGAUGUUUGCCUUAAGCCCAAUGGAUUGCCCUUGACCCGCAAAUGUCUGUAUAAUGCCAAAAAUCGCAAAGCACAAUGGACGGAAAUAAAGAAAUUCCAGCAUUUUCAUUGCCUCCGAACCACAAAGCAGCCCAUCAUCAGCAAUGACUUAAAUACUCUGCUCGGUAAUGUUAGCGGCCUCUCUACAAAGAGUCGACGCGAAUCUUCAAGACGUCUUAUAAAUCUGCUUGAAAAUCCCCUCCAAAGAAGACUUCCUGCCGAUAUUCAUCUAACCAAUGAAAUUCUCAAGGGACUAAUCAUCGAUUUCCCAGACCCCGAACUGUCGGCAGAUGUUCUGCACAUCACCCAAAAUCUCAUGGCCAGUGAGCCCAAUGUUCUUCUCAUGUCGGCCGAAUUGAAUGCCACAAAUUCUCUAUUGGAUACCUUUGAGUCAUACAUGGACAAUAUAGGCGAUAAAUUUGUUAACCACAUCGAUUGUGGAAAUAUGACUUUGUAUAAACCUCCUCCCUCUGAUAAGAACUUAUCAAUGGCAGCGCCAGUUGUGGAAGUGAUCAAUACACACCUUCCUAUCGGUGUUUAUGCUCACGUCAGCGGUAACUUAAGUGUAUUCUUUGUCAACCCUCAAUGUGCGGGCAUAUCGGGGAUUGCCAUAUAUCCCUCAAAGCUUUCCGCCAAACAACACCAGCAACAACACAUCUUAAAAGGGGUCCACUAUGAUUCCUUUAAUGAUUUUCACUAUCGUUUUAUUGCCUUACAUGAAUCGGCUCAGGAGUUGUUACAUGACUCGGAUUUACAAGUUGCCGCCUUUGUCCCCUUCACUAUGUGGCAACAUUUACAUGAACAUUUCUCCAUGAUGGAUCGCAGCCCUGUGCUUGUGUUUAAGGUUUAUGCCCAUGAUGGACUUUUUGUGGAAUCCACUACAAGGCGAUUAAGAAAGCCUCAUAGUAAAGUCUUAUCAAUUUCAAUACCGGGUUAUGAAGCACAACUGCCCGAAGAUUUGCCCUUCCUUCUACGACAGCAUGGGUCAACAAGUGUGGAAAACUCAAGGGACCCCAAUACAGGAUGUGGUUACUGGAAUUAUAGCACCUGGACCAGCGUUGGAGUGCAGACGACCAACAAGCCGCAAACUAUUAGUAAAAAUCCUCUACUGCUGUGUUACACCAAUCAUCUUACUCAAUUUUCCUAUCUGGUUGGAGGCAAUUUCAAACAAAAUGAUUUCACCGAUGAAAUUUUGAUUACUUCGGUACACCAGGAGGCACUUGACAUCAUAUCCUUGGUGGGUUGCAGCCUUUCGCUAUUGGGUCUCAUAGGGAUAUGGAUAACAGCAGCCGUAUUUAAGAGUUGGCGAGCACAGGCCUCUAAUAAAGUGUUGCUCAAUUUGUGUGUAGCGUUGACACUGCAGAUGGUGUUAUUCCUUUUCGUCAAUACAGAUGAUGUGUCCGAGGCCUUGGUGGAGUCACAUCACUAUACAAAAUGUGUGUUUGUGGGAGCAUUGCUGCAAUACUCUAUACUGGUCUUAUUCACUUGGAUGUUGUUGAUAGCUUUUUUGCAAUUUCAACGCUAUGUUACGGUGAUUGGCAUACAAAGGCCCAAACAUUAUAUAGCCAAAUCGGCCAUUUUGGCCUGGGGCCUGCCGUUGAUACCCACGAUUUUGGUGGCCACCAUUGAUCCCAAGUCGUAUGUGCCACCCGAAUAUCAACUGGUUACAGAUACUGGCAUUUGUUAUCCUUCUGGGCCGGGUUUGCAUUUUGGAGUCAUUUUGCCGGUCUCACUGAUUGUGGCCGCUAACUUGGCCAUUUUCAUUUAUGUUUUCUAUAGCAUAUCCCGCACUUUGAGCAUGAGCCUGCAGCGAAGUGAGAAGAAGUUAUUGGUUAAGCAGAUACGUUUGUCAAUUUUGCUGUUCUUCCUGUUGGGCUUGUCUUGGAUCUUUGGUCUAUUUGCCUUUAUGAAAAUGGGUAUCGCAUUCUCCUAUUUAUUCUGCCUAACAGCCACAAUGCAAGGUUUUGUUUUAUUCGUAUACUUUGUUAUACUGGACGAAGGAGCCAGGAAGAGUUGGCAAAAGGUUCUUUGCCCACAUCGCGCCCAAAAGGCCCAUGAAAAGGCCAAAGAAUCGCAGUCAAUGACCACAGCAUCAACCUCAAAUGGAGCAGAGUUGAGUAGAAAUAAUGAUCGCUCACAUUCCAUUAAAAAUUUAAUGACCUAACAUAGCGUAGAAUAUUUGUAAGACAAAGGACUGACCGGGGCCAGUCUCAAAGCGAUAUGAGACUGCUCUGAUGCAAACUUAAAGUUUUGUAGAACAAAAUUGUAUUAAUUUGUAAUUUUAAUUAAAAUUUUUGUAACAUUUGUAAGUCAUUUCAUUAAUGAAAUUCCUGCAUCGUAUUGUCAUUUAUUUUUUAUAAUCAUUAAAAUAUUAAAUUAUUUAUUAAAUAUUAGUAAUAAAGUAUAUGUAUGCCAA